UGUGAAUGAUACGGCUUUUGCUCAUUGCUCUUUUGAGCCUGGUGGCCACGACGACAUGCGGGAGGUCAAGCAUGGUCGAUGAUGACACAUAUUUUGGAAUCACCACAACAGAUAAACCAACCUACACAUAUUGGGACUAUGGACAAUGCCAACAUCUCUGUGAACUUCCUUGUAAAUGGACAAUUGUCAAUAUGCCAGAUGAUAAGAAAAUGGAUAUGUACAUGUGCUCACAGCUCAAGGUUAUUAAGGCCUCAUUCAUUGACAAUUUGAAAAGUGGUACAUUCAAAAGUGCGAUCAUCGUAGUUGUAGUCGUUACUAUCUCCAUCAUGCUCUGCAUCGCAUGUGGCUAUUACUGUUGUUGUAAUAGGAAAGAAGAGGACAAAUUUCCCGGAAGAGACGAGUUUCGACCCCAUUACAGGGAGCUCGGGCCGCGGGAUGAGAGGAAGGCGCUGAACAAAGGAUCGGUCAUCGAGGUCUAACAACUUGCACAGUUUCAAAAAAUCAAUUCUCAGAUCUAAAAUGCUUUACACAUCAAUCUAGUAUUUUCACCACGUCAUUGGUGUUUGUAUCUCAUGACAGCAUCUUUCAUUUUGACUCAUUCUCUCUUGAAAUAUCGAUUUUUACCAAUUACAUACGGUUCCAGUGUUUUUUUUUGUAAAGGUGGUGUAGCGCGAGAGAGGAAACAAUUUAAUCAUUUCUUAAGUUGAAAACAAUAGAAAAUUUACCAAAAUCUGUGAAAAUACAUUUUUCAUAUAUUUCUGAAAAUUCAAUACAUUUCAAUAAGUCCAAACUAGCGCUACACCAUUUGUGAUAGAGUAUUUGAAGAACGGACUAACGCAAAAUAAUAAAUUCGUCAUUUAUUUUUUGCGCUGCUCCUUUCUGUAAAUUUUCUCUCUUUAAAAAAACCCCCACUUUCUGUCAUCAGACCCCCUUUUUCGUGUAUGUUCCUCCCACAUUUUUCUACGCAAAUUACACAACUCUGGAGCAUUUUUGAGUUAUUUUUUCAAAUUUUAGUCAUUUCCUGGGUAAACAAACCUUAUCCCAUCAUUUAAUAAAACGUGAUUACAUCAA